AAUAUCGAAAUGAUAGACUUGAUGGACAACGUUUACAAAAAAUUAUAAUAUGUGAUGAAGAAUGGAUACUUUUAGAAGAAUUGUGUAAAAUAUUUAAACCAUUUGAUAAAGUAACAACAUUUUUUAGUAGAGUUAAUUAUGCAAUAAUAUCAUUAAUAUUAUCAAUUAUCGAAGCAUUAAAA